AUGAUCAAGGCCGACAUUGACGACGACGCCUCGCACUCUGCUCGUGCUCCGGGUGGAACGGAUGCCGGGGUGUCGUCGCGAAGGCGUGCAUCGAAGCGUCAUGGCGACGAUGCGGGACAGGAAAACAGCCCCCACGACCCGGCACAUUCUCCAACCAAGGAGGAGGAGGAGGAGGAGGAGAAGAAGGAGAUGGAGGCCGGAGCUCGAGGCCAAGGUGGUGGCGAGCCAGGCCUGCUGCAGCCACGACUCGAUGAGGACCAGCGACGGCAUCCACGUCCGCCACCGGUAGGCACCUACGAGCAGGAGCACCCAGGCACUGCAAGUAAGUACAGUAGGGGCAAGUACAGCACGCCUGCCGUCCGACGUGAACUGCAGGCGCUACAUGGGCGGUACCUUGGGCGCUCGCACCGUGACAUGACGAGUACAUGUGCUCGCACAGCGCCGACCGAAGCGUACCUGCCAUCGGAUGCUCCUUUGGCAGGGGCAGGUGCAGACGCUCAUGGUGCACGUGUGUACGUCUAA